CCCGAUAGCGGGGAAAUCACAUUCAUAACGCUUCACUGGCCGACCCCUGGUUGUUGUGGCUGGCUGGAGAGGGAGCCCGAUCAGUCUACGCACGCCGUCGGGACUCAUAUUGCACACGACUAUUGUACGACCUGAAGCUCGCUUGCACAUAGUAGACGCUAUGGUCCGCAGAAGGGUCUCGGAGCGGUAUACCAUAGCCCAGUGGGAGGAGUGACUACACGCACUUUUAUAAUGUCUCUUUCGGUCCUCGCUUCCAAGACAGUCCAUGUUCAUUGUCCGGUCUUCACUUACCACUCUCACAAUGUUGCUCAUCACCCUGCUCCUGUCUUUGAUGACCGUCUCGUUCGCUAACGCAUCCCCACUUGGAAAGCUGGAGCAGCGCAGUGCUGCUAGCACGUGCACAGCAGCCGCGGUCCAGCUUGUCGACGCGGUCCUUUCUCUCUUUCCUACACCCGCCCACUCCAUCUGCUCGCAAAUUCUAAGCCGAACGGCGCCGGCAACCUCAACAAUCUCCAGCACCACCGUUGUAAGGGCUUCUACGACACUCAGUGGCAGCACGACCGUCACUGUCACCUCGGGUGAGAGCACCGCCACAACGACCGUCACGACUACCGUCACGAGCACAGCGACGAGUGUCGAUACGAUAUUAACAACGGAAACGGAUCUCACUUCGGCUACUGUAACGACAGUAGACACCACCACCACCGUCAGUUCGGGAACUACAACGACCACACAAACAAUCACCGGGAUCUACAAGCGAACACUCGAAGCCCGUGCCACCGCAAGCAACAUCGGCCAAGCGUUCCCCGGGGCGCCUGCGGCGCUUAGCAGCGUGCUUCUUAAUCUGGCCAGCACGGCCUGUAACUGCUACCUUGGCCCUGUGGUGACACCAUUGACCACAUUGUUACAUACAACCACCACAACGACGCAAAUAAACGAUAUCUCAUCGACUUCCGUCACAGUCCCAAGCGACACGACUACUCUUGUCAGCUCGGUCACCAGCACCGCAGUUAUCGACACGACGAUCAGCACGACCGUUACGGCCACAACCACAACCACUGCCUCCGUAACCGCAACUUCCGUUGUCACUCAGACCGUCCUUCAGACUACCACGACUGCUCAGGCCACUGUCACCGCCACAUGCGCAAGCGCCGCGCCCACCUUUGCCGUGCAGGUUAUAGGAGGCGCUUACAACGGCGAGUACCUCUAUUCCGCACCCUUCGUCAAUCAGAAUGCCGACCUCGCCAGCGCCAGCGGCUCCAUCACUCCUCAAAGCGUAUACACUCUGACCGGCACGGUCUUGUCGGAAUAUAAUGGCGACACCCUCACCGAGCCAGCAGGCCUGGCCUUCGGGUACGUCGAGUUCCGGACGAUUGACGCCUCGGCUGCGGGUGGUGAGGUUCCGGCCGUCUGUUCGAUCGCCAAUAACCAACUCACAUGCGUCGCCGGAUCCGCGAACCAGUUCGGCAUAUGCAAUAUCAGCGGGCCGGUGCUCGUCUUAACGAGGUCGGGCUACUAUCCCUCGGGUUACGGGUGUACGAAUGUAGUACUCUCCGUGAUACCGCUGUGCAUUUCCCCUUCUUGAACCGCUCGCGGGGCUGCUUUGACGAUCUCACGAACAACGAUGACCAUGAAUCAGGCCGGUUCCUCUACGACGACGAGCUGGUUGCCACCGACUUCAGCGUCGCCGCCUCCGGACAUUCUACGUCUGCGCUGUGACAAACGAUGAAAAGAUGAGCAGCGUUUACUUUCUCUG